AUGGCAGGUCCCCAGGGAGCGGGUCCCCGGGGGGGGGCGGUGGGUCCCCGGGGGGGGGCAGCCUCCUUCGGCCUGCGCGCGCCCGUCCUCGCGCUGCUCGCAAUGCACGCGCUGCUCACCUGCUGCGUCAGGUGCGCGGACGGAGCCAAGCCCAGCAACAUCGUCCUGGUGCUGGCCGACGACCAGGACGUCCUGCUGGGGGGGAUGACUCCCCUGGUGAAAACCAGAGCCCUGAUCGGGGAGGCGGGGGCCACCUUCACCAACUCCUUCACGGUGUCGCCGCUGAUGCUGCUGCGGCUGGGGCAGCACAGCGGCGAGACCGUGAACUGGGGGCGAGGCAAGCACAGGCCGGAUCAGACUGCCUGGACGGGACCAGAAAGAGGCUCCACAGAGAGCCGCAGCAGCAUCCUGACCGGCCGCUACCCGCACAACCACGCGGUCAGGAACAACUCGCUGUCCGGGAACUGCUCCAGCGGCCUGUGGCAGAAGGGCCCCGAGGCCGAGGCCUUCCCCGUCCUGCUCAGCAAGCAGAAGUACCAGACCUUCUUCGCCGGGAAGUACCUGAACCAGUACGGGAAGAAGGAGGCGGGUGAUGUGGGCCACGUCCCCCCCGGCUGGGACCAGUGGCACGCUCUGGUGGGAAACUCCCAGUACUACAACUACACGAUGUCCGUUAACGGCAAGGAGGAGAAGCACGGAGACAGCUACGAGCGGGACUACCUGACCGACCUGAUACUGAACCGGUCGCUCCACUUCCUGGACGACCGGAGCCCCCAGCACCCCCCCCAGCACCCGUUCUUCAUGAUGCUGGCCCCCCCCGCCCCCCACUCUCCCUGGACGGCGGCGCCCCGCUACCAGCAGAAGUUCAACAACGUUCAGGCCCCUCGGAGCGGUAGCUUCAACAAGGCGGGAAAGGACAAACACUGGCUCCUGAGGCAGCCCGUCAACCCCAUGCCCAACAGCACCAUCGCCUAUCUGGACAACGCCUACAGGAAGAGGUGGCAGACGCUUCUCUCUGUGGACGACCUGGUGGAGACACUGGUCAAGAAGCUGGACAGCAUAAAGGAGCUGGACAACACCUACGUCUUCUACACCUCAGACAAUGGCUACCACACAGGUCAGUUCUCGCUGCCCAUCGAUAAGAGGCAGCUCUACGAGUUUGACAUCAAGGUCCCGCUCCUGGUCCGGGGCCCCGGGAUCAAACCCAACCAGACCCUAAAGGCUCCGGUGCUGAACAUCGACCUGGCUCCCACUUUUCUGGACAUAUCGGGGGUCAACCUGUCCUCUGUGAAUGUGGACGGACAGUCGUUCCUGUCUCAGAUGGCUCCCUCGCUCCGAAACGGCUCAGCACGGCCAUUUUUCCUGGUGGAAUACACCGGGGAGGGACACCCGACCCCGGACCCUGCGUGUCCUAAACUGGGCCCGGGCCUCUCUCAAUGUUUCCCCGACUGCGUCUGCGAAGACGCGUUCAACAACACGUACGCCUGCGUCCGCACGCUGGACGGCCAGCAGGACCUGCAGUACUGCGAGUUUGCGGACAGCGAGUCGUUCGUGGAGGUGUACAACCUGACGGCGGACCCCCACCAGCUGGAGAACAUCGUGAAGAAGGUGGACCCGGCCGUCCUGCAGGCCAUGAACCAGCGGCUCAUAAAGCUGCAGUCCUGUGUGGGCGACAGCUGCCGGGAGGUGAAGUGAACCGGAGAAAAACCAAACACCCGACCGUGUCCAAAGCACAAAGCAGGCCGGGUCCGUAGCCUAUCUCUUUUACCGCAGAUAGACGGACAUUUUGACACGUUUCAAAGGGAAAAUAAACGUAUUACUUGUUGUUAUGGCUGGGUUCCAUUUAGCUGCUUUUUAUGAUUCAUAUCUUUUGGGGGAAAUCUCUUUAUUUUGAUGUGAAGAGGAGGAAAUCACACCCUUAUUCUUCCUACUUCCUGUUUGUGGCCGCUAUGCUAACGUUAGCUUAGCUUAAGCUACCAAUAGCGUUAGCUUAAACUGGCAAUAGCGUUAGCUUAAGCUAGCAAUAGCGUUAGCUUAAGCUAAGUUAGCGUUCGCCUAGCUUUAUCUUGCGUUAGCUUUUGCUCUUCUUAAAAACUGGAAAUGAGGGAAGCAGCUAGUUUGGUUUGUGUUCUUAUGCUGUGAACACGACAAACUAAAGUAAUUAAGAGUUUUUACUCUACAAUUUCUCUGUUUACACAAAAAUAUUUCCCGGAAGUGAUGUUUUACCUGGUUUUGACAAGUUAAAAUGUCCAUGAUAUUUCUGAGCUGUGCUCACUCAUGUCUUUUUUUUCUUCUUUUACAAACUCGGUACAUCUUCUUUCAUAACCUGGGUUUUUAUAUUCUAGCUGUCAUAUCUUUUUCCACACACAAACUGAACGGUAACAUUUUCGAGAGCCCUUUGUCCUCCUUUUACAAACCAGAAACACAACUUAGCUUUUAUCCAAUAAGAAAACAUUUUUGCUGGACUACUAAUCUAAUCAUUGCUUUAAACAUGUUUAGGUUUAUGACACUUUAGUUAUCACAAGUUAGAUGAGAAGAAUAAUCCCAAUCUUGUCUAAACUUUCCUUUUUAAAUGAACUGCUAGCAGUAGGUUGCUAACUUAGCUGUCAAAUGGCUGCUAGUUGAUAAUUCCUGCAGGAUUUAACCAUUUAAUGCAGCUGACAUAACACAGGAGAAGCAUCAGUCUUCUCAUUUAACUGUUUUUACAGAGUAUACUACUGUUUUCAUAAGGAUAUUUAUACUUAUGUUUAAUCUCUGCAGCACUUUCAGUGAAAUAAAGACAACCGGGUCUGUCUUUAGUGGACACGCUGUCCAGUGUCCACUCCAGUUUUGUGCCUUAAAUGUGAAGAACGGACUUUCUCCUUAACGUUUGAUGCCAUAUUUUAUGAGUAUUGAUGACGGCUUUUUUAGACAACCAGGAGCAUGUGCUGUGAUUUGUUUCGGAAAUGUUUUACAAUCAUCCUGAAUAUAAAAGGGAACUUUAUGUGAUGACUUUAAUCCUUUGUGCCUUGUGUUUCCACUGCCUUGAAUGUGAAUGAAUUUGCACUCUGAUUAAACUAAA